AUCCUUAAUAAUUACCACAUUGCAUGCACUAGUUAGUGGGGAGGAGUUGUGGUGUUUUUGGCCAGUGGUCAAUACACUUUGAGCAUGCGCACUUAUGCGCAUGCUCAACUGCCGAGCUAAACUGCAGUAAGAAAAUCAAAAAUAAACAAUUUUUCGUUUCCAACUAUUCCAGGAAGAAAUUAGGGAGAACUUCGAAACGAGUUACCUCAUCUUUUUCAUGUCAAAGGUUCCUCUGGCCAAGAAAAAUAUGUUUUCAAAUCAAAUAGUUUAUAAAAGGGCUCAAAUUGUCGAGAUUUUGGAAAUUGGAUACAAGAAUGUCCUGCGGGUUUCCUUGCUUGUGACUCAAUGGCAUUGCAAUGAGGCAACAGAAGUUCAUAACGGAGAAUUUGUUGAAGCGAUUGUUUACUUAAAUCCCAUUCUGCCUUGGAUCAUUUGCCAUCUUAGUAUUAAAAUGUGAAUGCUUACAGUCAAAAUGACUGGUUCACUUUAUGCUCUUUGAGUUGGUACUCAAAGGUAUCACCUAUUUACCUUCCUACUCUCGUAAGAUAGAACAAAACUGUCGUUUCAGAAACACUCGGCUGCAAUGAAUUGUAUUUAUUUUUCAGAUUUGGAGGGCAUCUUCCAAUACUAUGGCAGCAAGAAAACUCAACGAUUACCAGUUUACCGUACAUCAAGGGGCUUUCAUAUUCAACUAAGAUUCUCCACUGAAACUUGCAAGGGGCAAUUGGUGGAGAUAACGAGUGAGGACGCCAAUUGUUUCUUGCGUAUCGCGCUUCCCGGCAUAGGCCCUAUUCGAGUGUCAUACAGUACCCCUUAUGGUAAGAACCAUUCUGUGUCAUUAAAAGGAGAAGUCUGCGAUGGCAAGAGGCACUCUCUUUGGUUCAGCGUCGACAUUUUUCGUGUUUCAUAUCGUGUAGACAAAGUUCCAGUAAGGUUUUACGCGGCAUCCUUAAGACGACUGUUUCUGUCGCCACCAAACAUAGUUUUUGGCAAAGGGCUUAAGGGAUGUGUUUCUGGUUUCAUAUUUGUCUUUCGCUUCACUGAAACCCGCGGAUACCGUGUAGGAACGUCGUCUGGUUGUUCUAUGAAUAAGAGUUGCAGCGAUGAGCUUGGAAUGCAAAAUAAACGAAUUGCAAACGAGAGAAUUACAGCAUCAUCUUCAAAAAGUACAGACAACUCCCCUCACUUUGCACGUUUGGACGGCUCAAAGGCCUGGUGCUCUGCGCUAUAUGACAAAUUGCCAUAUAUACAAAUCCAGCUGGAAGAACCAAAGAUUAUUACUGAAAUAAUAACCCAAGGAAGUUCUUAUCAUCGGGCAUGGGCGACAAAAUAUGAAGCCAGGUUUCUGGAAAAUGGAAAGUGGAAAGAAUAUAAUGAGGAGCUAGCAGGCAACAAUAAUUUUCUUGGCUUUUGGUCAAAUAUCUUAGAUCCUCCGAUCAGAACACAGUUAAUAAGAAUUUAUCCCAAGAAUCUAACGACGUUGUAUUGCACCCUUCCUAAGUACUACUACCUUAGACUGGAGCUGUAUGGAUGUUCCGUUCCAG